CCAAAGAGCCCCGUAGUGCGACAAUCAUAAUAAGCUCAUUGAUUAAUUACUCGCGCUCGAUUACAGUCCCAGAAUGGCGAUGUGUUAGCUGAUCACAUCUACGAGAAAACCCUAGUAGGCGGCAAUGGCUUGGCGCCUCCCGACGAACUCAUUUCUAUCUGCUUCAUCCUUCGUCCACGUCUCUCCAAGUUCACAUUCUUUACCCAUAGCUUCAUCGCCGACCAAAACACUAUCGACUGCCUCCUUUUCCCGCCGCCGCCCAAACAUUACUCGUGCCGUUCUCCAGUGGAACCGCAAGCCCCAGCUCGCCGGUGAGACCCCACGCGUGGUCGUCAUCACAUCCGGUAAGGGCGGCGUCGGCAAGACCACCACCACCGCCAACAUCGGCCUCUCGCUUGCCCGUCUCGGCUUCUCUGUUGUGGCUAUUGACGCGGACGUCGGCCUGCGCAACCUCGACCUUCUCCUCGGACUUGAAAACCGCGUCAACUACACUGCCGUCGAGGUCAUCAACGGUGACUGCCGCCUGGACCAGGCUCUCGUCCGCGACAAGCGCUGGCCCUCCUUUGAGCUUCUUUGCAUCUCCAAACCGCGGUCCAAACUCCCCCUCUCCUUCGGCUCCAAGGCCAUCACCUGGCUGGUGGACGCCCUCCGCUCCCGCACUGCCGGACACCCGGACUUCGUACUAAUUGACUGUCCUGCUGGCAUCGACGCCGGUUUCAUCACUGCAAUUGCCCCUGCCGACGAAGCUGUCCUCGUCACAACUCCCGACAUCACCGCCCUCCGUGACGCCGAUCGGGUCACCGGCCUCCUUGAGUGCGAUGGAAUCAGGGACAUUAAGAUGAUCGUUAACCGCGUCAGGACUGACCUCAUUCGCGGCGAAGACAUGAUGUCAGUGCUCGACGUGCAGGAAAUGCUCGGUCUUCCGUUGCUCGGGGUUAUACCGGAGGAUGCCGAGGUGAUUAAGAGUACCAAUAGAGGGUUUCCCCUGGUGUUGAACAAGCCACCGGCAUUGGCAGGUCUGGCAUUCGAGCAGGCAGCCUGGAGGCUCGUGGAGCAGGACAGCAUGACGGCUGUAAUGGUAGAGGAGGAGCCUAAGAAGCGUGGUUUCUUCUCCUUCUUUGGAGGAUGAAAGGUGACGGCUCGCUGUCUUCAAUGCGGUUUAUAAAUUUCUGCUGCUUUUGAGAGCAAUCACAUGAGCAUUGAAUAUGGGCUUUGUCUUCCUAUAACUUGUGAGGACAUCGUCAGAGAUUUCAACACGUGUACCAUCGGAGACACCGGAGAUCGACGGCUACGAUCAGGAGCUUAUAUUUUUUUUGAGUCAU